UCAUUCCCCCUCCCUAUAGAGGGCUGUGUUGUUAGUUCCCCAGCAGCAGCUAGUAAGGGGGGUUAUUUUCUCUGGCACAUUGCUCUCUCCACGAUUUAAAGGUAUCUCUGCAAGGUUACUGAGAAGCUGAGGACUAUCCAUUCAUUUGGAUAAGACACACUUCUUCUUUCGUCAGGAUUGCCCUUACUGCUGGUCACUACACCACUUUCUAAUGUUUCUGUAAGUUCUCUUCCCCCUCAAGUGGGGAGAUUUAUGAGGUUUACACAAGGGACACUUGUAGAUCUGAAAAGAGAUGGGUGUCCCCAGUAGAAGGGAAGAUCUCAGUAAUGGGAUAGUGAUGGAUCCUGCAGUAAGGCAUCCAGUGCUGAGUGAGGCCGAGUUGGAGGAAAUGGCACCAAGAUCUCAGCGAGCAGCUCCCUCCGCAUUAACCAGGAUGAAGAAGAAGAUAAGAUGUUCCGGAUCAGUUGCAAAGUCCCUGCUUCUGAAAUUCAUUCCAAUUCUUGGUUGGUUACCACGGUAUCCAGUAAAGGAAUGGCUGCUGGGAGACAUAGUAUCUGGUCUUAGUGUUGGCAUCAUUCAGCUCCCACAAGGUUUAGCUUAUGCUUUACUGGCUGGAGUUCCACCGGUGUUUGGAUUGUAUUCCUCAUUUUUCCCUGUACUUCUCUAUGCCAUAUUUGGGACUUCAAGACAUAUUUCCCCUGGAACCUUUGCUGUGAUUUCUGUGAUGGUUGGUAGUGUGACUGAAUCACUGGUGCCGUCAGAAAACUACAGGUUACCUGGAAAUGAAUCAGUGAUUGAUAUAGCAGCCAGAGACAAUGACAGAGUUGAGGUGGCAUCGGCCUUGACAUUCCUAGUUGGACUUUUUCAGAUUAUGUUGGGUCUGGUGCAAGUUGGCUUUGUUGUAACCUACCUCUCUGAACCCUUGAUCCGAGGCUACACCAGUGCUGCUGCAAUCCAUGUCACUGUGUCUCAGAUGAAGAGUGUUCUAGGCGUGCAGAUCAGCCAAAGAAGUCAUCCAUUGUCUCUAAUUUAUGCAUUCGUGAAUCUCUGUGCCAAGGUUCCUGAGACAAAUAUUGCUUCCCUUCUAAUUGGGUGCAUCUCCAUCACUGUUCUGUUUCUGGUUAAGUUUCUAAACGACAAGUACAGCUCAAAGAUCCGUAUGCCCAUACCAAUCGAACUCAUCACGCUAAUUGUAGCCACUGGGAUAUCAUAUGGUGCCAGUCUCCACCAAGUCUAUGGAGUGGACAUUGUAGGGGAGAUCCCAACUGGGAUGAAAGCUCCAAUGUUACCAAACACAAAUAUUUUUGCAAGAGUGGUCGGCAAUGCCUUUGCCAUCGCUGUUGUGGUCUAUGCCUUUACCAUCUCCCUGGCUAAGAUGUUUGGUGUUAAACAUGGAUACAAUAUUGACAGCAAUCAGGAACUGAUCGCCUUGGGGCUGAGUAAUUCAAUAGGAAGCUUCUUUCAGUGCUUCACAAUUGGGACAGCCAUGUCAAGAAGUCUGGUGCAAGAAAGCACAGGAGGGCACAGUCAGGUAGCCAGUGCUGUCUCUUCCUUGGUCAUCCUUAUUAUCAUUCUAAAAGCUGGGGAGCUGUUUGAAACCCUACCAAAAGCCAUACUGGCUGCAGUUGUUGUAGUCAAUCUCAAAGGUAUUUACAAGCAGUUUACUGAUGUGCCAAUGUUAUGGAGAUCCAACAAAUUUGAUCUGUUGGUGUGGCUGGUUACGUUUAUUGCUACAAUUCUGCUGAACCUGGAUAUCGGACUGGCUGUUUCCGUGGCAUUUUCACUCUUAACUGUCAUCUUCAGAACCCAGAAACCCCAUUACUCCAUCCUGGGAAAGGUCCACAAUACUGAUAUCUACAGAGACGUAGCCCAGUUUGAUCAGGUACAAGAAAUACAAGGAGUGAAGAUCUUCCAGUCAUCCUGCACCCUUUACUUUGCCAAUGCUAAUCUGUAUGCAGAGGCUGUUAAAAAGAUGUGUGGCACUGAUGUGGAUACAUUGAUUGAACUGAAGAAAAAAGCAAUGAAAAAGCAAAAGCAGCUACAAGAAAAAGCAGAGAAACAGAUGAAGAAAGAAAACAAAAAAAGAGAAAAAGAAUUGGACGCCAUUGUCUCUAAUAGUCCUGCUGCCAAAGAGCCAGAGAUUCAGAUUGCAGCAGACUAUGAAGUCUUAGAGGAAGCUGGCCUGGACUACCUUGGCUCUGAAAAAUGCAACUUGCACUCUCUUAUCCUGGACUUGAGCACAGCUGGCUUUUUGGAUACAGUCAGUAUUAAAGUUUUAAAAAAUAUAUUCAGGGAUUUCCAAGAAAUCGAUGUUCAGGUUUACCUUACUGGAUGCCAAGUAUACAUCAUUGAACAGUUAGAGGCCGGGAACUUUUUCUCCAAGUCAAUCACCAAGAACCUGCUCUUUAAUUCUGUCCAUGAUGCAGUGACGUAUAUCUCCAGGACACACGGCCAGCAGGAUACGAAAGGAAGUGACACGUGCCUAAAUACAAAGAUAUGAGUCCUGCCGGCUGCAACAAGGUUUUUUUGGCUCCGUAGAAAUGGAACACGUUACAAAACAAAGCCAAAUUCUCAAUAUGCUUCACUUAUGUGGGUGGAAAUCAAUUUUGUAUGCAAGAUACUUGUAUUUUAUUCCUCAAAAGUGUUUUAAGGUUCAGAUAUUUUUAUAUUUUUAAAAUAUACAUUGAAAAACCCCUCACCAGCCACUAAUGGGACACUGAAGGGGCAAUCUCCUAAAAAUAGGAAAUCAUUUAGAAACCUGACCAUGAAUAAAGUCCUUUUUAUAUA